AUGCGGGCCAGCGUCUCCACUUCAAGAGCGGGCAGCCGCCUCCUGCAGCAAAGAUUGUCAACUCUCAUUUUGCAAUCUCCACGAGCUGCCGUUGCUGCCGCUUCAACCGUCGCCCUUCGCCCUGCUGCUCUUUCCAGCUCCCAGCCUUCGAGCUCUCGACUAUCGCUCCACACGUCAGCUCAUCUCGCACAAGCAGCUCCCGCUGAGCCAGCAGCAGCGCGCGCAGCAGAGACCCAAGAAGUCGCCAGAUGGAAGCCAACCUCGCAGCGUGUCGGUCUCAUCGCCGUCAAACGUGGUAUGACUUCCUUCUUCUUGCCCAACGGUGAACGUAUUCCGGCCACUAUCCUGCAGGUCCACUCCAAUCAGGUCUCGGCCCACAUCGGUUUUGGUGCCGAGGUCAACGACUCUACCUACACAGCACUUCAGGUCGCCGCCGUCGACACAAAAACGAGAUUACACGUCACAAAGCAGAUCCGGGGUCAUCUCAGGAAGGCCGGCAUCAAGAGCGGCAAAAAGAUCAUUCGCGAGUUUCCCGUCAGCUCUGAUGCCAUCGUACCGCUCGGGACUAAGCUGUCCGCAGUUCACUUUGUUCCCGGCCAGUCCGUCGAUGUCCGCGCUAUCACACGAGGUCACGGUUUUCAGGGUGCCAUGAAGCGUCACGGCUUUCACGGUCUGAGAGCAUCGCACGGUGUCUCCAUCUCGCACAGAAGUCACGGUUCCACCGGUGCCAACCAGGAUCCCGGUCGUGUCUGGCCAGGUACCAAGAUGGCAGGUCGCAUGGGAGGAAACAAGCACGGUACCAUUCACAAUCUGCUCGUUGUGCGUGUCGAUGCGGAGAAAGAGCUCAUCUACGUCAAGGGCAAUGUGCCAGGACCUAAAGGUGGCGAUGUGACACUGCAGGAUGCACGACGACCUAGCUGGAAGGGUCAGAAGAUGUUCAGGAGAGGUCGUUUGCCCACGGGGGAGGCGCUCUCUGGAAAGGAGCCCGAUUCAAUUUACUUGGCGCCAGGUGUUGACAAGCUUCCAUUCCCUGCGGGUACCAAGACUAUCGCAGACAAGCUUCCUGCUGUUGUUGAAAUUGGCUUGACACAGCUUGACUCGGUCAACAAGGCAUGA